UUAGGGUUAGAAACCUUUCAACGUUUAUCUUGUGUAUAUUUCAGUCACCAUUAUCAGCAACUCGAAGAACUCAGGUACCAGCUGCCGUUCUCAGCGUCGUCUACGGUUCAUUUCAGAACGAAGCACGUAAUCCUCAGUGUUUCUAUUGGGUAAAUGGUGUCCCGCUCUCCUGGUCUAGGGUUGGCGUGCGGUUAUGUAUCGGUAUCGGCUCAUGCCAUUGCUGACGAUGAAUUUAUCUCGAUUAAGUUUCCGACUUUUGUUGGACGGAUAUGCUUGCAGUGGUUGCCACAGAUGCUCUAGGGUUUUCUUUUCUGAAGCGGGUCACCUCAAGCCUGGAGCUGAUGGAGAUAGCGAAUACUGCGAGCACAACUAUAGUGGCUGUUUAGGCUUUCGUCAUGGAAGAUCGAAAUCUAUGAUUGGUAACUCCUUUCCGGCUAAAUUAAUGUCAUCAUUGUCUUCCAAACAAUCUGAGUUAGCAUCAGAAGUUGGCCAUUACCGGAAAAUUUCAACAGCCAUUUCCGUUACUGAUGAAUCUUUGACAAAGGCCUUGCAACUUUUCUUCUCAAACGAGAAAGACGAAGUAUGUUACAGAAAAGAUAUGUGCAGUAUAUUGAUUGAGAAACUCUGUAAAGUUGGCAACUUAUCUGAUGCUGUCUCUUUGUUGCAGCACUCUAAUGAUAAACAAUUACAUCCAAAUCUGAAUGCUUACAACUCACUUCUAGCUGAAGCAGCUGAAACUAGUGACUUUGAUCUUUUCUGUGAUAUCUUCCAGAAAUUACUCAUUUCAAAACUACCCCCUGAUUUAAUUUCAUAUCUUAAUGUUGCAAGGGUUCUUCCAAGUUUGUCUGACUCAAAACUACUAAAAUUCAUCAAAGAAGUUUCAGAGAACACUGUCCAUAGUGAUCCUACUGUUGUAAACAGGAUUAUAUUUCUGACUGCCAAAUCCGGCCAAAUCAAUAAAAGUGUGAUGAUAUUUGAAGAACUGAAGAAUCAUGGCUGUAAAAUCGACACGGUAACGUUCAAUACAGUCCUGGCUAUCUUAGGUAGAGCUGGUCAAGUCUACAAAAUGCUGUCUGAAUUUUCAUUAAUGAAAGAGUUGGGUUAUUCUCCAGAUACUGUUACUUAUGACACCUUGAUCAAUUGCCUUAGAAGGCUUGGCAGGUUGGAUUUGUGUAAAGCUUUUGCAAAAGAAAUGAUUGAUGUAGGAUUUGAGUUGGAUUUGCAAGCUUAUACAGCAUUGAUUGAUGGUCUUGGAAGAGCAGGUCAUGUUAAUGACGCAAUGAUAUUAUUUGGUGAAAUGAAAAAGCGUCACUGUCCUUCAAUAUAUGUAUAUCGUGCAAUGAUCAGUAAUUUGAGGAAGUUUGGGAAGAUAGAAGCGGCCAUGGAUUUGUGGAAAGAGAUGAACUCGAGUGGUUUAAAGCUUGUUGGCCCUGAAGAUUUUAGAAAGAAGAAGUGCAGAGUGGUUGAAUGAAAAGGAUGUUUUUGAAAGGUUUUGAUUUAUUAAUGUUAAUGUUUUGGUUUGAAAGUGAUUUUAUUUGAUCUGUUAGCUAGGUAUUUAUAAAUUUAUAAAAUCAGUGGACUCUGUUUGUCCAAAUUGUUGGUGCUAGUUAAUUUGGAUUGAUUUAGGCCGGAUCGGUAAAGUUGAAAUGAUAAAAGAAGAACUCGCUCAAAUUUGCAUGAACUCAUUUUGGGCGUCAUAAACUCAUUCUAGAGUAGCUCAAACUCUGCGAAGAACAUGGUGAACUGGUGGAAGUCAACUUAUUCUAAUAUAUUAUCAAUAUUAGUUAGUAGAAUAAUUGUAUUGUUAACAAACACAUUAUGGGAAAUGAUUAUCCCUGAUGAUUAUUCCUCCUAUA